AUGUAAAGAGUUUAAGGUGUUCUUAAUUGUCAAAUAGAUGGUCAUCGUGAAAGUGUUAUUAUUGGUGUAUGUGUUAAUAAGGAAUGUUAACACAAAAGGCCUUUUUGUGUUGGAUGUUAAUAUUAAUUUCAUAAUACUCAUAUUGAUGACUUAAAAUGUUUUAAUGAUCUUAAAAAUUGGAAUUGUUAAAAUACUCAAAUAAUUGAGAAUCUUAAAAAUUAUCUAGAUGAUUUAAAUGGGCUUAUUAAAAAAAUUUCUAAUUUAAUAGAAGCUACUUCUUAAAAAAAUACUUAUUAGAAUUUCUAGGAAAUGAAUUUUACUGAUUUGCACAACAGUAUAAAUAACUAAAUUGCUUUAUGGAAUCAUUAAUAAUAAAUGUAAGCUCUUUUAUAAGAGUUAUUUCCUACAAAUGCUAGAAAUAAAAUUAAAAAUAUUUGCCCAAUAUAAUUAAUUAAUUUUCCUGGGAAAAUAAAUUCUAGUGUUAAUAAUUUAGAAAUGAAAAAAAUUAUACAAGGGUAAGAUUAUUCGAAAGGGGCUUAAGGAUUAAGAUAAAAUAUGUAAAAUUAAAAUAACAUUUAAAUUCAGUCAUAUCCGGACGUAAGUAAAUUUUCAUAAAACAUAACUAUCGAAUAAGCAAAUUUAUAAACUCCUUAAAAAAUCAGAGAUUAAUAAACUAAUAUAAAUUUUGAGAGAUAAAAUCAACAUAUAAUACAAAAACUAAAUUAAAAAAAUGAAAAGUAUUUAGGUUCAAACUAUUGUAAUUUAUAAAAUAACAAUACCAAAACAUAACAAUCACUCAGCAUUUAAGAACGCACAAAGCUACAAAAUCCCAACCAAAAUAUAUUUAGAAAGAAUAGUCCUCCUCGAUUAAACCCCACAAAUUCUACAACUUUUAGAAAUAAUGAUUUUAAAUUUCCAAAAUGA